UUCCAUCCAUCUGUGGUCGUUUCACCCUUUUCUACGAGGAAUCCUGUUUACUAAUUCCUCCGUCGAUGGGCUGUAUUUGGAUGAGAACAGGGAGCCGGCGGCUGACUUUGAUAUCAUCAAUUGGGUGCAGUUUCCUAAUAAGUCUCAGGGCAGAGUGACAGUUGGGAGUAUAGGAGGACACGCAUCCACAGAUGUAAAAUUCACCAUUCACCCGGAAGCUGUUGUGUGGCCGUUGCUGUUUAACAGGACUGUGCCUCGUUCCAGGUGCACAGAGAGCUGUCGUCCUGGAUACGCCAAGGAGAUUCAGGAAGGGAAGCCGGUUUGCUGCUAUGCUUGUGAUCCAUGUGUGGAAGGGACCAUCUCCACCCAGGCAGAUGAAGACCAUUGCACCAAUUGUCCAGAAGACCAACAUCCAAACAAGAACCGAGAUCAAUGUGUCCCCAAGAUUAUCAUCUUCCUGGCCUAUGAAGAAUCUUUGGGGAUUAUCCUUGUUUCCUUUGCCCUAUUCUUGUGCUUAACCGCAGGAUUUGUGUUGGGAAUGUUCAGUAAAUACAAAGAAACUCCCAUAGUCAAAGCCAACAACCGGGACCUCUCCUACCUCCUCCUCGUCUCCCUCCUGCUCUCCUUUUUGUCCUCCUUCCUCUUCAUUGGCCAGCCAAGGAAAGCGACCUGCCUCCUCCGACAAACAGCCUUCAGCAUCAUCUUCUCAGUUGCUCUCUCUUCUGUCUUGGCCAAAACCAUCACUGUGGUGCUGGCCUUCCUGGCCACAAAGCCAGGGAACAGGCUGAGGAGAUGGCUGGGGAAGAGUCUGGCCAACUCCAUUGUCAUUUCCUGUUCUAGUGUCCAGGUUGUGAUCUGUACCAUCUGGCUAGGGAUCUCUCCACCAUUCCCAGAUUCCAACAUGCACUCCCAGCCCAGAGAGAUCGUCCUGCAAUGCAAUGAAGGGUCUGAUGCCAUGUUUUAUAGUGCUCUGAGCUACAUGGGCUUCCUGGCUGCCAUCUGCUUCACGGUGGCUUUCCUAGUCAGGAAGCUGCCUGGGGCCUUCAAUGAAGCCAAGCUGAUCACUUUCAGCAUGCUGGUCUUCUGCAGCGUUUGGGUCUCCUUUGUGCCCACCUAUUUGAGCAUGAAGGGAAAAUACAUGGUAGCUGUGCAGGUCUUCUCCAUCUUGGCCUCCAGUGCUGGGCUCCUGGGCUGCAUCUUCAUUCCCAAGUGCUACAUUAUCCUACUGAGGCCUGCUCUGAACAGAAAGGAGCACCUGACAAUGAAAACAAAGGUGGCAUCUGAACUUUAGCAGUCGGGGUAGAGAGUAGCAUUUCAGCUGUGAGGCGCUCUCCCUUCGGAGGUUCAUGCUGGGGUGUUGGUGUGUGGAGUCCAGGGUCAAUCUGAUGCACUCACUAUCGGGUGUCCUGAAGAGGGAGUCCACAAAGAAGAUUUCACAUUCCUUUGAUGAGGACCCAGGUACUGAGAGCACUUCAGGGACUCCUUCAGCAACAGAGGGCCCCCUGGGAGAACUGGUGAAGGCAGAAUGGCUGAGGGAAAGGCCCUUCUCUCUUGAGAUCCUGAAGAGCCAUUGUCCUCUCAGGGCAGACAGUCUUGAGCUAAGUAUAUGUACAGCUUGAUUCAGUGGAAGGCAACUUCAGACAUGCAGAAUCACCGGCAGCAACUAAUCUAUGUUGGGUCAUGUUUAGUCAACCAUUUUCCUCUGCUAUUGAGGUCAGUAUGCUGUAGCUGCUUCGGGGGUGUAUUUAUCUGAAGGCUGUGGUGGGCUUAGAGGGAGCAGGUAGUAGUAACAGGACUGCUGCUGGCUGGGAGAUGAAUUCCACAUCCAGCCUCUCCACAAGCCUUUCUUUACUGUUCCUAUUUCUUGUGGGCUUCCUUCCCUUUGGGUCAUCUGGGUGGCCAAUAUAAGAACAGAAUGCUGGAGCAGAUGGUCCACUAGCCUAAACUGGGAGCAAGGCAUGGUCAAUUGUUGAUUGCCAUAUUAAAAAAAAAAUUGGUGCAAUAUCAGUAAAUUUUGGCACCACCAUCA